AUGCCACCACACGCCAGCCCAAUCGCUAACGUCUCCGCCAGCCCAUAUGCCCCCAAGUACACAGACUCGCUCUCGCGUCUGACAAAUUGGUCCAUCAUCGAAUCAACCCUUCGUGAGGGCGAGCAGUUCGCCAACGCCUUCUUCGACACCGCCAAGAAGAUCGAGAUUGCCAAGGCUCUGGACGACUUCGGAGUUGAGUACAUCGAACUCACUUCGCCCGCUGCAUCGGAACAAUCUCGUCUCGACUGCAUUGCCAUCGCCAACCUCGGCCUCAAGGCCAAGAUCCUUACCCAUGUCCGCUGCCAUAUGGACGAUGCCCGGAUUGCCUGCGAGACCGGAGUCGAUGGACUCGAUGUCGUUAUCGGUACCAGUUCCUACCUCCGCGAGUUCAGCCAUGGCAAAGAUAUGGAGCGCAUCAUCAAGGAUGCGACCGAGGUUAUCAACUAUGUCAAGUCCAAGGGUCUCGAAGUCCGCUUCUCGUCCGAGGAUUCUUUCCGCUCGGAUCUCGUCGAUCUCUUGAACCUCUACAAGGCCGUUGAUCAGCUCGGUGUCAACCGUGUUGGCAUUGCAGAUACCGUCGGCUGCGCCAACCCUCGCCAGGUCUACGAUCUUGUCAAGACCCUCCGCUCCGUCUUGAAGCCCACCACCGACAUUGAGUGCCAUUUCCACAAUGAUACCGGAUGUGCCACCGCCAACGCAUAUGCUGCCCUGGAGGCCGGAGCCACUCACAUCGACACCUCAGUCCUCGGCAUCGGUGAGCGCAACGGCAUCACCCCGAUCGGUAACUUGAUCGCCCGCAUGUUCACUGUCGACCCCAAUUACGUCGCCUCGAAGUACAAGCUGCACCAGCUCCGUGACCUUGAGAACUUGAUUGCCGACGCUGUCGAGAUCCAGGUCCCCUUCAACAAUUGCAUCACCGGCUACUGCGCCUUCACCCACAAGGCUGGCAUCCACGCCAAGGCCAUCCUCAACAACCCUGCAACCUAUGAGAUCCUCAAGCCCGAGGUCUUUGGCAUGACCCGCUAUGUCUCGAUCGGUCAUCGUCUUACCGGCUGGAACGCCGUCAAGAACCGUGCAGACCAAUUGGGUCUGGGAUUGUCUGAUGAUGAACUCAAGGCCAUCACAAGCAAGAUCAAGAAGCUGGCUGAUAUCAAGAACCAGAGCAUGGAGGAUGUUGAUAUCUUGCUCAGGAGUUACCAUGCCCACAAGGUCGCAGGGGAUCACUCGGCUAUCGAGCAGCUCUUGGCCGUCCCAGAGACGGUUGAGGUAGCGGCCAACUAA